AUGCGUUGAUCGGGCAUUGAAAGGGUUUCACUUGGCUCCCGCUAGAAAUCUUACCAUGGAGGAAAAGACUGAUAAAGAGAAUCCCAUUGACACUGUACUUGUCGAGUCCUUGUCGCUAAGUAAAGCACCCGUCCCCAGGCAGAGAUUGUCCUGGUACUAUGCUCCCUCUUUCCUGCUCUUUUGGUUGGCGCUCUUCUACGCCAUCGUUAUCCCGCUUUACUACAAACUUCCGGAUAGAUUAACAGUAUCCGAUGAGGUCUUUUAUCCUGGAGAAUUUGUGGCGGAACGUGCCCAAAGACAGCUAUACACAUACGACCGGAUUGGACCCAAAGUAACUGGCAGUUAUGCCAAUGAGGUGACCACGGUUGAGUUCCUCUUGAAUGAAACGGAAAAGAUUCGUGCCGAGAUGCGUAGUGACCUGUAUGAGCUUGAGGUGGAUGUCCAGUCACCAACUGGUGGAUAUGUUUUUAUCGAUAUGGUAAAUAUGUACCAGGGAAUUCACAAUGUGAUCGUCAAAUUGAGUUCAAAGAGUUCCACAAGUGAAUCCUACCUGCUGCUUAACAGUCACUUCGACUCUAAGCCAGGAAGUCCAGGUUCUGGUGAUGAUGGCACUAUGGUUGUGGUCAUGCUGGAGGUUCUUCGCCAAAUGGCAAUAUCGUCGAUACCAUUCGAACAUCCUAUUGUGUUUUUGUUCAAUGGAGCCGAGGAGAAUCCCCUACAGGGUUCUCAUGGCUUUAUUACGCAACACGAAUGGGCAACCCACUGCAAGGCCUUUAUCAAUCUUGAAGUGGGCGGAAGCGGGGGACGUGACUUAUUGUUCCAGAGCGGUCCCAAUCGUCCUUGGCUCAUGAAGUAUUAUAGGCUACACGCGAAGCACCCCUUCGCGACCACAAUGGCCGAGGAGAUCUUUCAAAGUGGAAUUUUACCCUCUGACUCAGACUUUCGAAUUUUCCGGGAUUUUGGGAAUAUAGCUGGUCUGGACAUUGCUCAGGUUGACAACGGAUAUGUGUACCAUACAGCUUUUGACACCUUUGAGGCGGUCCCUGGUCGAUCCAUACAGAAUUCUGGAAAUAAUGUCCUUGCUCUAGUGCGUGCUUAUAGUAAUGCCAGUGAACUGAAUGAGACAGGGAGUGACGAUGAUGGCCAUGCAGUUUUCUUCGACUUCCUCGGACUUUUCUUUGUGUACUACACGGAGACCACUGGCAUUGUUCUUAACUGCCUGAUUGGUGUUAUCAGUUUAGUCUUGGUUGGUGUUUCCCUCUGGAGAAUGUCGAGGCAGUCGGAGAAGGUAUCCCUUCCACAGAUUUCGAUUUCGUUCCUCAUUAUUUUGGGACUGCAUGUAGUGGGAUUCCUUCUGUGCAUUUGCCUGCCUCUACUGAUGGCUGUCAUGUUCGAUGCUGGAAAUCGGUCGUUGACCUAUUUUACUAGCAACUGGCUGGUUUUUGGGCUUUACGUAUUUCCCGCCGUUAUUGGUCUAGUACUACCAUUAACUCUGUACUACACCCUGAAACCAAAUGAGAAACUGAGCCACGCUUACCAUCUCCAGCUGAGUUUGCACGCUCAUUUGGUUGUCCAGGCUCUGCUGGCCCUCAUUUUGACCGCCAUGGGUCUCCGUUCCCAGUACCUGUGCCUCAUUUCAAUGAUCUUCUAUGGAGGUGCACUUCUGAUAAACCUACUGAGCACGCUGCACGAUCGUGGCUACUAUUGGGCUCUGAUUGUGAUGUGCCUUCAGGUGUUGCCGUUUUCCUACUUCUGCUACGUAUUCUACAUGUUCCUGGUGAUAUUCAUUCCGGUUCUGGGAAGGAAUGGUUAUAAUAGCAAUCCGGAUCUUAUCGUAGGACUACUUUGUGGUGUUUGUGUCUUCUUUGCUUUGGGCUAUGCGGCACAACUUAUCAACAUGUUCCGCUGGCCAAAGCUCAUUCUUCUUGGCUUGGGAGUAGUUACCUUUAUCUUCUGCAUGAUUGCUGUCUCAGAAGUGGGCUUUCCCUAUCGUCCUAAGACAAAUGUGAUGCGAGCCAAUUGCUUGCAUACUCGUCGCUUUUUCUACGAGUUCGAUGGCUCAGUGAGUCGUAGUGAUUCGGGUUACUACUUCAACUAUCAGGAUAGGCGGGCAUUUGACCCACUCCAGGAUUCGGCACUCAAUCUGACCGGAUUGGAGCCAGUGGCUAAUAGCUGUGAUGACUAUGUAAUGUGCGGCAUUCCUUGCUUCUAUUACAGCUGGUGCAAGUGGCGCCAGUGGGACGGAUGGCUGCCACGCGAAUCGGAGGUGAUCAUACCCGGAGAACUUAGUCUCGACUUUCUGGGAAAGACAGUAUUGGAGUCGGGAACCAUUGCUCGAUAUCAGUACGAGUUAUCUGGACCACCACACAUGAAUGUGUUCAUUCAGCCAGUGGGUUCGGCAAAGGUUGAAGAUUGGUCGUUUGUGAGGACAAUGCUCGACGAACCGGAAGAAUUCCAGCCACCAUAUCAGAUCUUCCAUUCUUAUGGAACGGAUAAUAGCUCUUUGAAGUUCUUCAUAGAUAUGGAGAGGCUAGAUGGCAAUUUUGAUACUCCCACUUUGGAACUCGCAGCUGUAGGACACUGGGUCAGCUACGAUUUCGAAAGGGAUGCAGAGGCAAAGGAUUUUGUGGCCGCAUUUCCCGACUUUGUCCACGUCAUGGAAUGGCCUUCUAUAUUUAAGCGAUAUAUUUUUUAAGUGUUUUAUAGCUAUAGGUAUACCAUUAAAAAUUAUACAAUAAA